AUGAAAUACACCCACCAAUCCAAUCCGUCGCGCUUGAGUCGGGAGGCAGAAUCUGUGGCCGCCACCUGCAUCGAGAAUCUCUCUCAGUGGGCCAUUGCCGUCGAAGAAAUCCGCACCUGGCCUGAGUAUAGUCCCCAACCACUGCGCACGCUUCCCGGUCUUGCUCAGAAAGUGGGUGUCGACCAGCUGUUUUUGAAAGAUGAGAGCAAGCGGUUCGGCUCCGACAUUGGCUCUUUCAAAGCACUGGGCGCGCCGUACGCCAUCUACAAGAUUCUAGCGGAGGAGGUUUAUGCGAAAACGAGUGUACGACCCUCAUCGGCCGAGCUCCGCACCUCCAAGUACCACGAAAUCACCCAGGACGUUACCGUAUGUGUUGCCACGGACGGAAACCAAGGCCGCGGUCUCGCCUAUGGAGCACAAGUGUUUGGCUGCCGCUGUGUCGACUAUAUCCAUGAUCAUGUUAGCGAUGGCAGGGCCGACCGGAUGAAAAAGUACGGCGCCGUGGUUAUCCGUGUCGAUGGAGAAUACGAAGCAUCUGUGGCACGCGCGAAGGAGGAUGCCCGUAUGAACGGGUGGUACUUUGUCAGUAGUACCUCUUGGUCCGACUUUGACAACGAUGUUCCUCAACAUGUUAUGAAUGCCUACAUGGUCGUCCUCGACGAGGCACUUAGCAUGAUCCCCGCGGUAGACAAAAUCACACAUGUCUUCGUGUGCGGCGGUGUAGGAAGCAUCGCCGCGGCAAUCUUUCAGGGAUUUUACAAACAUUUCCACGAAAUUCAAAAGUCAACCCCAGCCCUUGCCACGGCGACAAUGCCACGAUUUGUUGUCGUGGAGCCAUCCGAGGCGGACUGCCUCUUACAGAGUGCGAAGAAUGGGGAGGCUCGCGAGUCUACAGGAUCUUUGCGCACGCUUAUGGCCGGUCUAGCCUGUCGCGCGCCAUCUCCUGCGGCUUUGAAAGUACUCACCUGGCUUACAAGUGACUUUAUGGCCGUCCCCGACUCCGUAGCGGUGGACGGUAUGAAAGCAUUGGCACAUGCAGAAGAGGGUGAUAUCCCUGUAGUAUGCGGCGAGUCUUCAGCAGCCAGCAUGGGUAUCUUGUUGGGAUCCAGCGCGGAUCCAUCCUUGCGCGAGAAGCUUGGUUUGAACAGAUCAAGUCAAGUCGUUCUAUUUGGGUUGGAAGGUGCUACGGAUCCACACAUUUACGAGUCUUUGGUUGGGAAGUCUCCCCAGGCUGUCUUCGAGGCCCAGGAUGCCUUUACUCGUGGCUAA